CGUGGCUGCGGCGCUGGGGCAUUUCCCUGCGGUUCGGCUCGCAGACCCCGGCUCCCGCGCAGCCGGUUCCUGGCCCCGGGCACAUGCAGGCGAUCAAAUGCGUGGUGGUCGGCGACGGAGCCGUGGGGAAGACAUGCCUGCUAAUCAGCUACACCACCAAUGCCUUCCCUGGAGAGUACAUCCCUACUGUUUUCGACAAUUACUCAGCCAAUGUGAUGGUAGAUGGAAAGCCAGUGAACCUGGGGCUAUGGGACACAGCUGGGCAGGAAGACUAUGACCGGCUUCGACCCCUCUCUUAUCCCCAGACUGAUGUCUUCCUGAUAUGUUUCUCCCUGGUGAGUCCAGCCUCCUUCGAGAAUGUCCGUGCCAAGUGGUACCCUGAGGUACGACAUCACUGCCCCAACACACCAAUAAUCCUCGUGGGCACCAAGCUGGACCUUCGAGAUGACAAGGACACCAUUGAACGGCUUCGGGACAAGAAGCUGGCCCCCAUCACUUACCCCCAGGGCCUGGCCAUGGCCCGAGAGAUUGGCUCUGUCAAGUACCUGGAAUGCUCAGCGUUGACUCAGCGGGGACUCAAGACAGUAUUUGAUGAAGCUAUUCGGGCAGUGCUGUGUCCCCCACCCAUCAAGAAACCUGGAAAGAAGUGUACUGUGUUCUAAACCCUGCCCAAAGUCUCCUACCCCAGGUGGCCUGAGUGGUGAGGAGGGCUAAGAGCCCAAGGGCCAGGGGGUUGGGACAGUGUCCCAGACCUCCAAGUAUGGUGUCAUUGUUGAAAUGUUUGAUUUCCCUUCAGUCUGAUGUGAUGUGGGUACAGGGAGUGGGAAGAUAGAGGGAGGGGGGUGGGGAGGGGAGGUGUGGGCUCUGGGGAGGGAAGAUCAGCACAAAGAACAGGGCAUACUGUCCUGGAGGGGCUGGAGGGAGGGCUGAUAAGGAAGAGAGGAAGCCCCUGCUCCCUCCUACCCAGGCCUGGGAAGCACAGCCUGAAGCCUCCUCCCACUCUGCUCUGCACCCAGGGACCCAGGAGCCCAGGCCUCCAGCUAGCACAGGAGGGAGCAGGGUCUCUCUCAGAGAGGAGAAGGGGCAUGACCAGGGCAGCCCUGGGCUGGGCUUCCCAGG